AUGUCACGUCUUUCAGUUUCUAUCCUCUGGAUUUAUUUCACCCUCUGCCAACUCUGCAGAGCGACUGCGAUCGACCUCGGAAACCUAGCCCCACGAGAUGCUUACCGCGACGACUCAGGUAGUAGGGAGUGCCUCCAGGUCUGGUGUGAUACAUCGGUUUGUGCUACGGAUGACAACGAUGCCCAAGCUGUCGCAUCCCAAGGCGUGAGUCUCAUCAUUGGUCCAGACUGCGCAGGAUGGGACAAGGAGAGCCUCGAAAAGAACUUCGCCACGGGAGUAAGCGGCCCCGCCUGUCCGCCGGGCCGCAAGCUUUACAAAGGCUGGUUUGUAGUGUGGCGCGCGUGGAGUAAUGCCGGUCCUAACUCUCGAGUUACGUUUGUUCCGUGGGAGAACUUCAUGGGCGCCGAGUGCCGAGCUCGACAGGAUGUAGAGUGUAUCAAGGGCCCUAAGAAAAUACCAGAUCCUAAUACCGGUCUUUGUAUGCCAUGGGCUGUCUAG